CUCUAUAAGGUAUUCGAGCAAAUCUCCCUGUCAUUUCCCCAGCCACUCAGGCACCAUCUUAAUCUUGGCGAGGCCCGGAUGACCUUAGGUCGGUUAGGAUUUCUUGUGGCCUGCAGAUCCCGACUUGUCUAUUUGCACAGGCCCCCCUGUCCUCGGUUCGCAGAGACCAAGCAAGCCCUUUCGGUACGGAUCCGUACAGAGUCCCAGACACCAGCCACAUACAAAGUCUGCAGCCAACACCAUCGUCCAAAUCAAUUGACAUCACCCUCAACUGCAAUAAAUGGAACAAUUGAUACAAAUUGUUGCACUCGUACUGCACAAUGUCUUCCGAGUCUUGGUGGUUCUGCGUUUUGCGUGAUGUUGUUGAUGAUAUGAGUCCCCUUGAUGUAUAGGAGCGCUGGCGAUGUUGCCUGCACACUUUGGCUGUGGCUGGUGUAGAAGCCCCUCAACCGAAAGGGAUGAGCUUUGCCGAAUGCGGUUGGUCUCUGUGCACUGAGGACAGGGGUGUCUGUGCAAAUAGACAAGUCGGCAGAUCCAACC